GAAAUUGUAUGGUCAAAAUGGGUCCUCAACAUUUUGUGAAAGUAAAAGUUUAGUAAUUAGGGAGCAACAGAGAACUGCAUCAUAACAAAAAACCAUUUGUUGGAAAACGGUGCAUUUGAGUGAAUCAGAGAUGGCAAGAGAUGGGUGUCUAGCGAGAGUAACUGCUGGUGUUGCUGUUGGUGGUGCUGUUGGUGGCGCUGUCGGUGCUGUAUAUGGGACUUACGAGGCUGUUAGGUUCAAGGUGCCUGCACUUCUGAAAAUCAGAUAUAUUGGGCAAACUACUUUGGGAAGUGCAGCUAUUUUUGGUCUCUUCUUGGGUGCUGGAAGCUUGAUACACUGUGGGAAGUCUUACUAAGCAUAUAUUUGCUAGCUGUGUCGAACAUUUUGAUUGUCGUAGAGCAUGGAAUUGAAUUGUUGUUAUCAGAAUAAUGUGCUUGUGCAAUUCCAGUAUAUUUGAGUCAAGUACUCUGGUAAUUGGUGAUUCAAAA